CUGUGACCUCCGGGCGAGGACUGUUUAUGCCACCGUCCGCCCCCCCCAGACCGACUGAAACAACGGGCUCUUGUGCCGUCUUUUCUCCUUCGGACAUCCCACCUCGUCCACCACGACUGCCUCCGCGACGGCCCCGCGCAGGCGAAGCGGGCGCGGGCGCAGGCCCAGGCGCGGCUUCCCGCGCUGCCGGUGGAGCUCGUCGGCGACUUCAGCCGGUGCUUGGCGCUCGAGGACUUCGGGCCGCGGGCCCUCGCCCGCGGCGACGUGGUCGUGGUGGAGAUCCCGCAGCGGAUGAACGGCGGGCGGACGAUGCCCUGGGCGGACCUCGAGGCCCUGUCCAUGCGGGCGAGGGACGUAGGCGCCCGGCUGCACAUGGACGGCGCGCGGCUUUGGGAGGCGCAGCCCUACUACGGCAGGAGCCUGGCGGACAUCUGCAGACUCUUCGACUCCGUCUACGUCUCCUUCUACAAGGGCCUGGGCGGCACCUGCGGAGCCAUGCUCUGCGGGGAGUCGAGCCUCGUCGGGAUCGCGAGGGCGUGGCUGGUGCGGCUCGGCGGCAGCAUGUUCACGCUCGCACCGCACUGGCUUGACGCUCAGAUGCAGCUGCGAGCCCACCGUGGCGGCUUCGAGGCCCGAUUCGAGAAGCUCCGAGAGGUGGUGCAGGCGCUCUCUGGCGACGCGCUCGUCAGCAAGAUCCUGCGGUUUGAGCCGCCCAUUCCCCAAUCGUGCCUGGUGCACGGCUACAUCGCUUCCGAGGCCCCGAGGGACGUCGUCGAAGCCGCGCACGAGAGGGUGGCCAGCGCGACCGGACCCGGGCAGCCAGCAAAGAAGUCCCACCCGGCCGCCCUUCUCUUAGCCUCCCUUCCCUAUGCGGGGCCCAAGAAUACACACCACCACCUCCCCCAUCCCUCCCCUCGCCCAGGAGAGGGGAGAGGCAGCGGAGGGCAGAGGAGGCAGGGGGCACGGAGGUGAUGGCUCCGUCCCUCCCCCCCCCUUCUCUCGGCGGCGCGCCGCGGGCGGUGGCGGGGCGGCGGGGGCACGCCUUCCGAGAAGGCGGGGGGUCUCGUUGGAGGCCCCCUCGACCUCUGGGGAAGCCUUCUGCAGGAGGGCCCUGGCCCCUGCUGGGGAUCCCCCCCGUGCCCUUCGCAGAAGGCCUGCCUUCGUCGCCCAUGUGCGCUCCCUCCGGCGCGCCGCCGGGCCCCGACAGCCCUCUUUUUUGUGUUUUUGUUCUUUUGGUUGUUGUUGUUGUUGUUGUUGUUGUUGUUGUUGUUGUUG